AUGCUGAGGCGCUCCUUCGCUUGUUGCAUGCAGUACGGCUCGACGCCGAAGGACAUUCGUUACGGCAUCGAGGCCCGUAAGCUACUUUUGCUUGGUGUGGAGAAUCUUGUGAAGGCGGUCGGUGUUACAUUGGGGCCGAAAGGACGUAAUGUCGUAUUGGAGAUGCCAUAUGCUAGUCCGAAGAUAACAAAGGAUGGCGUGACAGUAGCGAAGCACAUUGAGUUUGAGAACAGCUUUGAAAAUCUGGGUGCCAACCUCGUGCGGCAGGUGGCUGGCCUCACAAAUGAUACAGCUGGUGACGGAACGACCACUGCAACAAUUCUCUCUGGAGCUAUAUUUCGAGAAGGGUUCCGUAGUGUUUCUACGGGUACGAAUCCAAUGGACUUGAAACGUGGGAUUGACUUGGCCUGCCGCGAGGUACUCGCUUCAUUGGCUGAGCAGGCGAAGCCCGUCACCUCCAAAUCGGAGGUAACGCAGAUAGCAAUGAUAUCGGCUAAUAUGGACGUUGAAAUUGGAGCGCUCAUUGGUGAUGCCAUGCAGCAGGUUGGUAAGGAUGGUGUCAUCACUACGCAGGAGGGCCGCUCGUUGAACACGGAGUUGGAACUCGUGGAGGGAAUGUCCUUCGAGCGGGGAUUCACAUCACCAUAUUUUGUAACGAACACCAAGUCACAGAAGUGCGAAUUGGAGAAUGCACUAGUGUUUGUUGCAAACCGUAAGUUGUCCAGUGUUGCCCACAUUCUUCCCGCACUGAACCAUGCCAUCCAAAAGAAGAGACCACUCCUUGUUAUUUCCGAGGAUUUGGAGGGAGAAGCAAUGCAUACAUUCCUCUAUAACAAAAUUCAAGGAAGAAUAACAGGCUGCUCAGUGAAAGCUCCUGGGUUCGGUGAUAUGCGAAUUAAUCAACUACAGGAUAUUGCAGUAUUCACCGGUGCGCAGAUGAUUUCAGAGGAUUUGGGGUUAAGUCUCGACCAAAGUGAUUUUUCGGAGCGGUUGCUUGGAUCAUGUAAGAAAGCUACAAUAUCGCGUGAUGAAUGCAUUUUAAUGGAGGGUGGUGGAAGUGCCAUCGCGGUGGAAGAGCGCGUUCAGAUGAUCCGUGAUAUGAUUGCAGCGGAAGAUCACGAGUACAACCGCGAGCGCUUGGUAGAGCGGCUUGCUAAGUUGUCUGGAGGUGUUGCAGUAAUUAAAGUUGGCGGUGCCUCCGAAGUUGAGAUCAGUGAGAAAAAAGAUCGUAUUGUUGAUGCCCUUAACGCCACGCGUGCAGCGGUAGCGGAGGGAAUUCUUGCUGGCGGUGGUACAGCUUUGCUCGUUGCAUCAGUGCGGCUUGACAGCGUGGCGAAGGACCGCAGUUUGCCUCCAGAUAUCCGCACGGGCGUUAAUAUAGUGAAAAGGGCUGUCCGCUUGCCCUGUCGUUACAUUGCGAGUAAUGCGGGUGUGGAAGGAAGUGUUGUGGCGAGUAAAAUUAUGAGAAGGAAUGACCCAACGUUCGGAUACAAUGCGCAGACAGGCGAGUACGUGAACAUGUUUAACGAGGGUAUAAUUGAUCCAAUGAAAGUUGUAAAAUCAGCGGUAGUAAAUGCGUGUUCAGUGGCUGGAAUGAUGAUUACGACGGAGGCUGCAGUUGUGGAAAAGGAUGUGCUCGCGAAGGAAAGCCGCAUUGAAGACAGGGGGUUGGAAGACAAGGAAAAGCGUGAGGGGCUGAACACCAUGCGGAAACGUGUGAACGAGUCGCAGGCGCCCCUCCCAGCUCUGGCACCUCCGAUGAAGUUUCAAAUGAAGGGUAUUUAG